AUGCCAAGCGAAAAUACCACGGAACAGCAACUUUUAUCAAAGGAUCCACCAGAUAUUGAGAGUCUACUUUUGUUAAAUCCAAGAACGAAACCAUUUGCUAACUCAAGGCCAUCAGUGCAAACACUUCAAGAAAAAAAACAUUGGAAACGUAAUGAUGAACAUUCAUGUGCAACUGGUUGUACUAAAGAUUUGAGUAGAAAUUUUCUUGAUGUUAAACAUACAACAUUAAGCGAACGAGGGGCUUUACGUGAAGCAGCUAGGUGUCUUAAAUGCGCUGAUGCUCCAUGUCAAAAAUCAUGUCCCACUUCGAUUGAUAUAAAAUCGUUCAUAACAUCAAUUUCAAAUAAAAACUAUUAUGGAGCUGCUAAAGCAAUUCUAUCCGACAAUCCCUUAGGUCUCACAUGUGGUAUGGUUUGUCCAACAAGUGACCUUUGCGUUGGUGGAUGUAAUCUACAUGCAAGUGAAGAAGGUGCAAUUAAUAUUGGAGGUUUACAACAAUUUGCUGUCGAUAUAUUCAAAUCUAUGCAUAUUCCAGCAAUUCGUGAUCCAAGUUCAGAAGGAGUUCCUUUAAAUGAGAAAUAUUCAAGUAAAAUAGCUUUGAUUGGUUGUGGUCCAGCAUCUAUAUCGUGUGCAACAUUUCUUGGUCGACUUGGUUAUAGCGAUUUGACAAUUUUCGAAAAGCAAGACUUUUUAGGUGGUCUUAGUUCAUCGGAAAUUCCUCAAUAUCGUUUACCAUUUGACACUGUUAAUUUUGAAAUCGAACUCAUGAAAGAUUUAGGUGUAAAAAUUAUACCUAAUAAGCCAUUAACAACUGAAAAUGAUGGCUUAACAAUAAAAAAUUUACUCAAUGAACAUGGAUUUAAAGCAGUUUUUCUUGGUAUCGGUCUUCCGAAUCCAAAUAUUGAUCCAAUAUUUAAAGAUCUAACUAAAGCCGAAGGCUUUUAUACGUCGAAAAACUUUUUACCUCUUAUUGCAAAAUCUAGCAAAGCUGGCAUGUGCGCAUGUAAAUCUGCAUUACCUGUAAUGAGUGGUAAUGUCAUUGUACUUGGUGCCGGUGAUACAGCCAUGGAUUGUGCAACAUCAGCUAUACGCUGUGGCGCAACUAAGGUUUUUGUUUGUUUUCGAAAAGGAUUUAAUCAAAUGCGUGCUGUACCAGAAGAAGUUGAUGUUGCAAUGGAAGAACGAUGUGAAUUUCUACCAUUUUGUUCACCAAAACAAGUCUUCGUUAAAAAUGGUAAAAUAACAUCCAUGGAAUUUGUUAAAACUGAACAAACCGAAUCAGGUGAUUGGAUUGAAGAUGAAGAUCAAAUCAUUCGUUUGAAAUGUAAUUAUGUUAUCUCAGCUUUUGGAUCAACAUUAAAUGAACAUCCAGUGGUUCAAGCACUUGCACCUAUACAACUAGAUAAAUAUAAUUAUCCUGUUGUGGAUUUAACAACAAUGACAACGAGUGAAAAGGGAGUAUUUUGUGGUGGUGACAUAGCUAAAGUAGCUAGUACAACAGUUGAAUGUGUUAAUGAUGGAAAAACAGCUGCUUGGCAUAUCCAUAGAUAUAUUCAAGGCGUGGAAACUAUUCCUCUUGAGCCACAAUUACCAAAAUUUUACACACCCAUUGAUAAAGUUGAUGUUAGUGUUGAAAUUUGUGGUAUCAAAUUUCCAAAUCCAUUCGGACUUGCUAGUGCACCACCUGUAACAUCAGGCCCAAUGAUUCGGCGAAGUUUUGAAAGUGGUUGGGGUUUCGUCGUCACAAAAACAUAUUGUCUCGAUAAAGAUAUUAUUACAAAUGUGAGUCCACGUAUUGUUCGUGGUACAACAUCAGGCUUCAAUUAUGGACCAGGACAAGGUUCAUUUUUAAAUAUUGAGCUUAUAUCGGAGAAAAAUACUGAAUAUUGGCUUCGUUGUAUAACAGAAUUAAAAAGAGAUUUUCCUGAUCGAAUUGUCAUUGCAUCGAUUAUGUGUGGUUAUAAUGAAGCAGAUUGGACAGAGUUAGCAAAAGUAACUGAAUCAUCAGGUGCUGACGCAUUAGAGCUCAAUCUUUCAUGUCCACAUGGAAUGGGUGAAAAAGGUAUGGGCUUAGCCUGUGGCCAACGAGCUGAUCUUGUUUUAAAUAUUUGUAAAUGGGUUCGAGCUGCUGUGAAAAUUCCAUUCUUUGCUAAGAUGACUCCAAAUAUAACUAACAUUAUUGAUAUUGCUCGAGCAGCUAAAGAAGGUGGAGCUGAUGGUGUUACAGCAACUAAUACCGUCAGUGGUCUUAUGGGCAUAAGACAUGAUGGAACAGCAUGGCCAAAUGUCGGAAAAAGUAAAAAGACAACUUACGGUGGUGUCUCAGGCAAUGCUAUUCGACCAAUCGCUUUAAAAGCUGUUUCUGCCAUUGCACGAGCUCUCCCUGGAUUUCCAAUUCUUGCCACUGGUGGUAUUGAUUCAGCUGAUUCUGGUAUGCAAUUUCUAUAUGCUGGUGCGUCUGCUCUUCAGGUUUGCAGUGCAGUACAAAACCAAGAUUUUACUUUAAUUGAUGAUUAUGUAACCGGUUUACAAGCAUUACUUUAUUUGAAAUCACUUGGUUUAGAAGGAUGGGAUGGUCAAUCACCUCCAACACCAAAGCAUCAAAAGGGUAAAACAAUCCUUGUUAAAGAUCUUAUUGGUGCAAAAUUACCAGUAUUUGGUGAAUAUCGAAAACAACGUAAUGAAAUAACUCAAAAAUAUUUUAAGGAAGCUGAUAUAUUGGAUGAACAAUUUAAACCUGAGCCAGUUCGCCCAGCACGAAGACCUCAAGCCCCGAUACCACGUGUAGCUGAUGUUCGUGGUGUUGCACUUGAUAGAAUCACCGAAUAUAAACAUUUAGAUCCACGUGAACCAGCUGUUGCUAUUAUUGAUGAUGAUCUAUGUGUUAAUUGUGGAAAAUGCUACAUGACUUGUAACGAUUCAGGCUAUCAAGCAAUUACAUUUGAUCCUGUCACACAUAUUCCGUAUAUAACCGAAGAUUGUACUGGAUGUACACUGUGCGUAUCUGUAUGUCCAAUAAUUGAUUGUAUUACAAUGGUGCCACGAACGACACAGUAUUCCAUAAAACGAGGCUUAACCAAACAGAUUAUGGAUGAAAAUGCAUCAGCAUUGGGCAUAGUACAAUAA